CGAUAGCCUCCGGUGUACUGAAUUCGAUUCAAAUAGCAGCAGGUGUAAACAUAAAGGCAAAACUGUUCGUUUGCUAAUUAGCCCUAGCUAGCUUACUGUCGUCACAAGGCCGUUUGCCCAGUCAUGGUCAAACUGAACGAGCAACAAACAUCCAUUAAGGAAGAUCAACUGGAGCGCGUAUUCCUGCGCCUGGGCCAUGCAGAAACGGAUGAUCAGCUUCAGGAUAUCAUCUCCAAGUUUCUUCCCCCUGUUCUCCUUAAACUCUCAAGUGUGCAAGAGGGUGUGCGGAAAAAAGUAAUGGAGCUUCUGGUCCACUUAAACAAGAGGAUAAAAAGCCGACCUAAGAUUCAGCUACCAGUAGAAACUCUACUGGUUCAGUACCAAGACCCUGCAGCAGCCUCCUUUGUGACGAAUUUUACCAUCAUUUACAUCAAAAUGGGCUACCCACGCCUAGAGGUUGGAAAGCAAUGCGAGUUGGCGCCCACUCUGCUGACUGCAAUGGAAGGCAAGCCUCAACCGCAGCAGGACAGCCUAAUGCACCUGCUGAUUCCUACUCUUUACCAUAUGAAAUAUCCAGCAGAGGUCUCAAAGAUCGCAUCUCCUUUUAACUUAACUGAGCGGCCAAAGACAAUACAGCUCCUGCUCGAAUUCAUGUUGGACGUCUUGCUGAUGCCUUAUGGGUUUGUGCUGAAUGAAUCUCCCACUCGCCCUGCACCGUCCUCCUCCCAGGGAGGUUCUGCUGAUGGGUCGUCGGGUUCAUCUGCACAGAGUCUUCCCCAGGCUCCCCCAGGGAUGAAUAUUUACGCUGCUAAGAGGGUCAUUGGUGAGGCCCAGUGGACUUCGGAGCAGCUAGAGCAGUGUAAGCUGGGCAUAGUGAAGUUUAUUGAGGCAAAGCAAGUGCCAGAAGUGGAAACGGUCGUUCACCUGGUGGUGGCGUCCAGCGACACGCGACAUAGUGUGGCUACUGCUGCUGAUCUGGAACUGAAGAGCAAACAGAGCAUUAUUGAUUGGAACAAUCCCUUGAUAAUCAACAAAAUGUACAAAGUGUACUUGGGGGAUGUUCCUCUCAAAACUAAGGGUGGCACUGUGAAGCAUGAGCUCAAACACGAACCUGUGAGCACGAGAGUCAAGUUAAAGAUCCUGCCGCAUCUUUUACGCUCGCGCCUUGCUGCAGAGUGUUUCCCAGCUAAUAUCCAGGUUGUAUAUGAUGGUUUGUUUGGAGCCAACACCAAUAACAAACUACUGUCUCUCACGUUGCAGUUUGUCCAUCACAUCUGCAUGGUGUGCCCUGAUACUAAUAAGCCCUUAGGACUGAUGCUGCUGAAUGGACUUACUAAGCUUAUUAAUGAAUACAAAGAGGAUCCUAAAUUACUUUGUGUUGCAUAUUCUGCUGUUGGGAAGCUUUCAAGCCGUAUGCCGCAGCUCUUCACAAAGGAUAUUGCUCUUGUGCAGCAGUUUUUUGAGUCCAUGUGCAAGGAGGAGCCUGAUGUUCGCCUUGCCAUCCAGGAGGCUUUGUCUAUGAUGGUUGGAGCAUAUGCCAACCUCCAGGGGGCACUACUGAACCUGAUGGAGGCCUUAGUGGCUGCAUAUAUUGUGAAGCCUGAGGUCCAAGUUCGCCAGGUUGCCAUGAAGUUUGCCAGCACAGUGUUUGCUCCUGAUCAUGUGCCAUCAAGAUACCUGCUGCUGCUUGCUGCUGGAGACCCGCGUGAUGAGGUGUGUGGGGAGGCUCAGAGAGUGUUGCGGACAUUUUCAACUAAGAGUUCAGAGAAGGACGGACCCAAGCCGAUACCUUCCUUUCCCGAGAUGGUGGCCUACAUACAGGAGAAGGCAUCUCAGAGAAUCAAGACUCCAGCAAAAUACGUUGUUGGAACCUCUGCUAUUCCUUUCAACCCAUCUGCCUUUGGAGAGAUUGUGCUCUACCUCAGGAUGUGUUUGGUGUACACUGCCGGAGCCACGCCACAGUCCACUCAACUUGUAGACAUGCAGGAUGAUGCACCAGCCAUCGGCCGCUAUGUGGAAGUUCUGUUGUCUUCUGAGCCUCAGGCUUCAGGGUCUAAGGGCACUGAAACCAAUCCUGUUUAUGUCUACAUGGAUCUGCUGCAACAGCUGCUGUCUGCUGUAGGAGGAAUCCCUGUAAUGUACUGUCUCUUGGAGGUGGUGUCUGUCUGCCCAGAAAAACUGGCCCCCAAAUUUGCUGAUAAAAUUGACUGGAUUAAGAGUCUGAUGAACACAAACAAAGAGGACAUGAGGGAGCUUGCUGCUCAGUUGUAUGCUGUGGUGGUGUCCACCAUGACAGGCAAUGAGCUUCAGGCUGCUGUGCACAACUUGGUCAAAAUCACCAAAGACAACCGCAGCCCUGAGACCCAGCAUGGUGCCGUCUUGGCUCUGGGCUACAUGGUGGGAAGGUACAUGAACAAAACAAAAACUGCCGCAUACAGUACACUUGCCUGCAAUGUGGAGAAGAGCAUCACAUCUCAAGAAGAUGAUGACGUUGUUGCUAUGGCUACAAAAACAAUUGGUUCUUUCCUGGACAGCAGUAGUGGACUGUUGGCAGUAGCAGCAUGUACAGCUCUUGGAGAAAUUGGUCGGAAUGGCCCCCUGCUGAUCCCUUCAGAGGGUGAAGGCCUCACUAAAUUAUCCAUUGUAGAAAACCUGCUUGCUCGCAUCCCUUCUGGCAAAGAGAGUGCAAAGACAAAGGAGCGCUCAAUCCAGACCUUGGGCUAUUUACCAGUAGGAGAUGGUGACUUCCCCCAUCAGAAAAAGCUGUUACAGGGACUCAUGGACUCAGUCGAGGCCAAACAAGUGGAGUUGCAGUUCACAGUGGGUGAGGCCAUUACCAAUGCUGCUCUAGGCACCAGCUCUGGAGCUAUAAGAGAUCCAUGGACCUGCACUGAAGACCAGUACAGCCCACCACUAAAUUUGAAAAACAAUGAUGUGGUUCCUUGGGUCCUCAACUCAGUCUUGUCCAAGUACAUACCCAGCCAGAACCCUCAUAUCCGACAGGCAGCAUGCAUCUGGCUUCUCUCCCUAGUUAAGAAGCUCAGCCAACACAAGGAAAUCAAGUCCAAUUUGAAGGAGAUCCAAGUGGCAUUCAUCUCUGUUCUUUCAGAUGCAGAUGAAUUGAGUCAGGAUGUGGCAUCGAAAGGCCUUGGUCUGGUCUACGAGAUGGGUGGGGAGGGAGACCAGCAGGAACUAGUGUCCACCCUGGUGGAAACACUCAUGACUGGCAAAAGAAUAAAACACGCUGUCUCUGAAGAGACAGAGGUGUUCCAAGGAGAUGGUUUGGGCAAAACGCCUGAUGGCCAUAGCCUGUCCACAUACAAGGAGCUCUGCUCUCUGGCCAGUGACCUGAACCAGCCUGAUCUUGUCUAUAAAUUCAUGAACCUGGCAAACCAUCACGCCAUGUGGAACUCCCGAAAGGGUGCUGCAUUUGGCUUCCAUAUGAUUGCAGCCAAGGCCGGGGAGCAGCUGGCUCCAUUUCUCCCACAGCUGGUGCCACGGCUUUACCGCUACCAGUUUGACCCCAACCUGAGUAUUCGUCAGGCCAUGACCAGCAUCUGGGAUGCCUUAGUCACUGAUAAGACUCUGGUGGACAAGUACCUGAAGGAGAUCUUGCACGAUGUCAUUUCCAACCUCACCAGCACAGCCUGGAGAGUCCGUGAGUCCAGCUGUCUGGCUCUCAAUGACCUGAUUCGAGGACGCCAAGCUGAUGACCUCAUCGACCACUUGGCUGAAAUGUGGGAGACCCUGUUCAGAGUUCUUGACGACAUCAAGGAAUCUGUGAGGAAGGCUGCAGAUAUAACGCUGAAAACUCUCAGUAAGGUGUGCACUCGUAUGUGUGAGUCUACUGGUUCUACAGCUCAGAGAACUGUGGCGGCACUGCUGCCCACCUUGCUGGAGAAGGGCAUUGUUAGCAAUGUCUCUGAGGUUCGCUCGCUCAGCAUCCAGACGCUGGUGAAGAUCAGUAAGACAGCUGGUGCCCGACUAAAGCCCCACGCUUCCCGACUCAUUCCAGCCUUGCUGGAGGCUCUCAGCACCUUGGAGCCUCAGGUCCUCAACUACCUCAGCUUAAGAGCCACAGAGCAGGAGAAGAGUGCCAUGGAUGCUGCCAGGCUCAGCGCUGCCAAGUCCUCUCCAAUGAUGGAAACCAUUAAUAUGUGUCUGCAGCACGUCGAUAUUGCAGUUCUGCGGGAGCUGGUUCCAAGGCUUUGUGAGCUGCUGAAGAGUGGAGUUGGUCUGGGCACCAAGGGGGGUUGUGCCAGCGUGAUUGUUUCCCUUACAGUGCAAUCUCCCCAGGACCUCACCCCAUACUCAGGUAAAUUGAUGAGUGCUCUGCUUAGUGGCAUCCAUGACAGGAGCACUGUGGUACAGAAAGCCUUUGCCUUUGCUCUUGGCCAUCUUGUCAGGACGGCUAAAGACAGCAGUGUAGAAAAGCUACUACUGAAGCUCUGUGCCUGGUACCUGGAGAAAGAAGAGCCUGUGUACAAGUCUUCGUGCGCCCUGACAAUGCAUGCCAUCAGCCACUAUAGCCCCGAUGUGUUGAAGGCCCACGCAGGAGUGGCUCUCCCGCUGGCUUUUCUGGGCAUGCACCAGGCACCCGGCGCAGAUGAGGACAAAGGCGAGAGCCAUGAUGCCACCUUGUGGGCCGAGGUGUGGCAGGAGAACGUCCCCGGAAGCUUUGGAGGCAUCCGACUCUACAUGACGGAGCUCAUCGCCAUUACCCAAAAGGCACUGCAGUCCCAGUCUUGGAAAAUGAAAGCCCAGGGCGCAGCUGCCAUGGCAACCGUUGCCAAGGAACAGACUGGCUCGUUGGUGGCACCGCACCUCGGCUUGGUGCUGACAGCCUUGAUGCAGGGCCUGGCGGGACGCACGUGGGCGGGCAAGGAGGAGCUACUGAAAGCCAUUGGAUCAGUUGUGUCCAAAUGCAGCACCGAGUUACAGAAGCCUUGUCUCGGGCAACCCACUAUCUCUGAGGUCCUGGAGGUGGUCUUGAAGGAAUGUCGUAAGGAGAAUAUUGUGUACAAAAUGGCCGGCCUGCAGUGUGCUGGCGACAUCCUUCACAGUUGCCAGGAGGACCGAUUCAGCGACAUGGCAGACAUCCUUUUCCCUCUCAUCAAGAAGAGCUGUCCUGAGAGCAGCUCAGCGAUGCAGAGGUCACAAGAGAGGGAUGAUGAUGACCUCACGAUGAAGGAGAAAGAACUGCAAACGGAAGCGGUGCUGUUUGCUUUUGAAACUAUGGGAAAGACUUGGCCGAAGAACCAUCAGACACAGUUCCGUUUCCAGGUGGAGGUGUGCAGCCUCAUGUGUGACAAGUUAAAGCUGAGUACAUGGAAGGUCCAGCUUGCUGUUCUCCACUGCAUGAAGGCCUACUUCCAAGGGUUAUUGUUGUUAGACAAGGACAGCAGUGACGUGAGCACACUGUCUGGCAUCCUAACAGACUCGUGUGCUGCUCUCACUCAUCCUUUAGAGAACAAAAGUUAUUCAUCUGUGAGGACAGAGGCCCUUUCAGUAGUGGAGGUGAUUGUCAGGAGAACUGGAGAGAGCGAACAGUGGGACUGUGUAUCAGUGAAGAGUCGGGAGCAGUUGCAGCGGUCCCUGUCAACCCUUCAGUCGGACAGCAGACCAGACUUGAGGGACAAGGCCCAGGAGCUGCGCCGGCAUAUCCAGAGCCAACCCUAACUAACACUCACUCUGCUGCAAAAUUGCAAGUCUAAAUAUAAAUGCAUCAACAACACUUGCUAAAAAGCAAAACACUUUUUGUAGUGUCCUUUAUAUGUGUCUCUUUGAAAUGGACAGUUAUAAUCAUAAUAAUAAUAUUAAACCUAAAUGGCAUACAGCAGAGUUGACACUGUAACUGUUUUACUACUGGUGUACGUUUGUGUACAGGAAUAGUUUGGGUUUUUUUUCAUCUCCAUCAGCGGUGUAGUGCGUCGACAGUGGCGUUUUCCCCACUUCAUUCCAUGAGCUGCUGAGCGGUGGUCAUUGUGGAGGAAAGUAGUUCCGGCUACUUUCAGUUGAGUGUUGCGUUUUGCUUCUCAAAUAUCCAUCCAUUCUUUUUCUGUAACGCUUAUCCUCACAAGGGUCGCGGGGUACACCCUGGACUGGUUGCCAGCCAAUCACAGGGCACAUAUAGACAAACAACCAUUCACACCUAUGGACAAUUUGGAGACGCCAAUUAAUCUAGCAUGUUUUUGGAAUGUGGGAGGAAUCCGGUUUACCUGGAGAAAACCCACAGGGAGAUGCAAGGAACUACUUUCCUUCACAAUGAAAACCAACCAGAACUCUGCUCAAGGAGCCGAAGUGGGGCAAAAGUCACCGUUGACGCAGUACACUGCUGUAUGUAAUACACAAAAAAAAUCCCAACUGUCCCUUUAAAUAUCAGUCGUUUACCUUGGCUGAUCUCGAAACGUUGAAAGACACUCGGCUAUUUACUUUUUGCCAAAUGAUGAAUGAGCAACUUUUUUUUUUUUUGUCCAGAACUGAAACAAAGUUACAUCCCUGUCUAAGCUGUGUUUUAGUUGUUUGAAUUUAAAUAAAAACAUCAACAGAGA